GGCAUACUUGUGAGGAGAGCGAAAUCCCCGCAAAACCGCGAGAAAGAAAUCUAAAAAUCGAAGAAUUGUUAUGAAAUUAGUGUGGAAGAAUCAGGCCAAUGGGGGGGAGGGGGGAGGGAAGAAGCGAUCUCGAUCGCAAUCCAUCUCUUUAAAUCCUAUUCUCCCGUUCGGAGCCGAGGAAGAGGAAAGAGGAGGAGAAGAUGGAAGGAAUUCCGAUGGCCCGAAAUCCCUAGCUAUUGGUUCAAGAGAAGACGACCCGAGGAAGCUCGCCGAAUCCUUCGAAUCUCAGGGGAAUCUGCUCGCCGAGAAUGGAAGGUAUUGUGAAGCUCUUGGGAAGUGGGAGGCUGCACUUACCCUGAUGCCUGAAAAUGCAAUACUGCAUGAACAAAAGGCACAAGUUUUACUUGAGAUAGGUGAUGCAUGGAAUGCCUUGAAAGCUGCAACACGAGCUACAGAGUUGGAACCCUCAUGGCUUGAGGCUUGGAUUACACUUGGUAGAGCACAGCUGAACUUUGGUGAACCUGAUUCUGCAAUCGAAAGUUUCGACAGGGCUCUAGCAAUUAAGCCCGGUUGUGAGGAAGUGCGGAUUGAUCGAGGAAGUGCUUUACAUUUGAUAAGGAAGCGAAAACAACUACACUCAUCAGGCUUGAGUACCGCUAAUACCCGUUUUAAGGUUGGAGAUAAUUCUGAAACUUCCUGAGGCUAUUCAGUUGUAGAUAUGUUGUGUAAUUUGAGCUUAGUAGAGAGCCAAGUAUUUGACUGUUUGUGAACCAAAAUAUUCUACAGACUUAGUUAAUUAAACCUCAGUUUGUUUAAGCUAGUA